CACGUGUCACGUGGCUUUAAGGAAGUGGCUGUGUUUACCUCCAACCUGCAGUAUCGUCGUCUCCACUGCGACACCUAGACCGCAGCUUUUUUACAUUUGAUCUCGAUUAAUUUUAUUCCACCGAGGGCGUUUGGAAGAUGAAGUCGUCUUUUUCGCCGUUUUGGUCCCGGUAAUGGCCCCGUUCAGUCCCGCUAUGGCGUCUUCGAGCUACACCUGCGGCCAGGACGAAGCCUCAGAGAAAGAUCGACUCCUCUCCUCUCCAACCACCUAUGGGUCCCGGGAUCCGUCUAAAAGGGGGAGCCUGCGUCCCAGCAGCCUCCACCAGCAGCAGCGACAAGACGAGGGAGAGGAAGAGGAGGAAGCCCUGAGGAGGAAACUGAAGUACUUCUUCAUGAGCCCGUGUGACAAGUAUCACGCUAAGGGCCGCAAGCCGUUCAAGCUGGGCCUGCAGCUGCUGAAAAUCCUCAUUGUGACUGUACAGUUGGUGAUGUUUGGCCUGAGCAACCAGAUGGUCGUGACCUUCAAAGAGGAAAACACGGCAACCUUUAAGCACCUUUUCCUGAAGGACUACCAGGACAACGUCCCACAGGCUGUCCACACGCAGGCCGAGCUCCACGACCACAUCAACUACACCUUAGAGCGGUACUUGGCUCUGCCGGAGAUCGCUCUGGGUCGUUACGCUUAUGUGACGGGGGUCGGCGUCAGAGGCAGCGCCCUCUCCCUCUGCCAGCGGUACUUCAGGAGAGGCAGCAUCGAGCCGGUCAACGACACCUUUGACAUCGACCCACAUGUUCUCACAGAUUGCCUUGGAGUGAAUCCGACCACAGAAGAUUCCACUCCGGAAAACGGUGACCUUCAUAACUUCACCCUUCAUUUUUCCAAGUUGAUCAACGUGACCAUGGACUUCCAGCUGAAGGCCAUCAACGUUCAGACCAUCCUGAACAAUGAAAUCCCAGACUGCUACACCUUCGCCAUCACUAUUCUCAUGGACAACAAAGCACACAGCGGGAGAGUUGGGAUCUCUCUCCACAACCGGGCGACCAUCCAGGAGUGUAAGGACCCCAACGUGUCCGGACACGCGGAAAGCUACGCGCGGGAGUUAUUUGACUGCCUGGUGGUGGUCGUGUGCGUGUUGUCGCUGCUGCUGUGCGGCCGCUCCGUCCUCAGAGGAAUCCUCCUUCAACACGAGUAUGUGCAGUUUUUCAAGCACAAACUUGCUCGGGGAGUGAGCUGGGGAGACAGGAUGGAGUUCAUCAACGGCUGGUACAUCCUGCUGAUCAUCAGCGACAUGUUCACCAUCAUCGGGAGCUUCAUCAAGAUUGGAAUAGAGUCUAAGACUCUGUCCUCCUAUGAUGUGUGUGGGAUUCUGUUGGGAACCUCCACCCUCCUGGUGUGGGUGGGAGUCAUCCGCUACCUCAGCUUCUUUCAGAAGUACAACAUCUUGAUUGUGACUCUGCGGGCUGCGUUCCCCAACGUCAUCCGCUUCUGCUGCUGCGUGGCUGCCAUUUAUUUAGGAUACUGCUUCUGUGGGUGGAUUGUGCUCGGCCCGUAUCACACAAAGUUCCGCUCCCUGUCCACGGUGUCAGAGUGCCUGUUCUCGCUCAUCAACGGGGAUGACAUGUUUGUGACGUUCGCCGAGAUGGAGCAAAGCAGCUCGCUGGUGUGGGUCUUCAGCCAGCUCUACCUUUACACCUUCAUCUCCCUCUUCAUCUACAUGGUGCUAUCGCUCUUCAUCGCGCUCAUCACCGGCGCGUACGACACCAUCAUGGCUCAAUCCCAGGAGCAGGUUCGCAUCACCGAUCUGCACGCAUUCAUCGCACAAUGCACAGACACACCCUGUUCUGGCAAAUUCCGGGGGCCUGAGGAGCCGUCUUGCUCCUUCCUCUGCUGCUGUGAGUGAGGAUUAGGAGGAGGAGGAGGAGGAGGUUGAAGCAGCGUUUUCCAGACACUGAGCAGGGACCGUAAGGAGCGCCUGAAGAGGGGACUGACCUUGGACCACCAUGUCCUCUGGUCUGUGAAUUUUGUCUUUACAUUUGUGCUGGGAGGGCGGAGUCAAAGGCCCAAUUACCUGCCUCAGCUUUUGUACUGUAUGAAUAAUUCAUGUGGUGUCUCUUCACUGUUAGACGGUUGGAGCAGGGAUGACCAGUAAGCAGACACUCCACUGAGACUCCGGGUCUCUACACUUUAGUUUUACUCAUUUGUGCAGCUUUUCAUGUGUGCCUGUCAGUGAUGUAAAUAAUGCAGAGAACCCUGAUCUAACAGCAGUCUUCAGAGUCAGGCAGGCAGGAAAGAAGAGAGCGAUAUCUGGAGCUCUGGAGUGCAUUCGCUCGAGCAGCCUUUCCAUUCAAGGCCGCUCCUCCUCUUGUGUUCAGUUUGCCGGCUCUUCAUCCUCUUUGUUCCCUUCAUCCCGCGGCUGGAAGGAGACGACGGCUGCACACGGAAGGACGAGUCCCGGAGCCAACUGUUCAUUUGGUCAUGAAUAUUUAUGGUGGAGAGGAUUCUAACCGACACCCAUGAGGAGUAUAGUUGUACUGGAAGGCAAACUUAUGUGUUUGUGAGUCACACAAUAUUCUGGAGUGUAAUCACACAGAAAACGGCCUGUUUCUGCAGAAAAAACAUUCUGAAAAUCAACCUGAAAGGCUGAAAAUCAUUUUAGAUUCAUUUUUAUGAGAAAUACAAAUAUUGCAUGUUUUCAGAUGAUCUCAUGAUGUUAGGAUUUAACUUACUGUAUGUCCUGAAUUAUUAUGCUGAAAAUAUUGUCCAGUAUUUGCAUUUUGGCUGUGCUUUGUAUUUAUAGUUCAGUGCACUGACAUUUAGGAGGAAUUACAAAGGGUAAUUUAUUUAUUUUAGCUGACAAAUGUAGGAUUUUGUCUGAUGUUGUUCCAGUUGUCUUUAAAAUAGGAUUUUAAUUUUCUUUUAUGCUAAAAGACUUUGUGUUCUUUAAGGCCGUCUGUGUUUACAUUGUAUAAAAGGAGACACGUUCUUUUUAUUUAUAACCACUUAUUUAUUUUUCUUUCAUGUAAAAGUCUUGUGCAGAUUCCUUUGCAUUUGAUUUUCGAAAUCUUACAUAUAGGGACGCAAUAAAAAUGUUGGAAAGAACCACCUCUUUGGUUGCUAAUAUUAAAGUUUUUUUCACUUGAAUAUUAUCUUUUUUUUUGCACUUCCUUGUUUUUCUCUGUCAUUUUGAAAAUCAACCUAAAAGGGAAGUAAGUGGGGAGUUUUUACAGCUCUGUAUGCUAUUUUCUGGUCUAAAGAAUGCACCUAAAUAAACUUUUAAAGCACUAAAAGUGA